GGCGCUUGCAUAUAUUUUUGCCGAACGAGCGGUUCAGAGCUUGAUGGGCAGGCAAGUAAUGCACACGUAUUUUUGCAUAUACGCGAAAGAAAGAGAAGUUUCAGUUGGUUAACAGUUUCUGCGGCUGCACAGAACGGCAUCUGGCUAGAACAGUUUGCUUUAGUUUACAUUUCGAGUGAAAAAGUAGUGCUAUCCGCGGUGUGAUUUAUACAAAAAAGCAAAACAAGAUAUUUGCAGUGCCUGUGUCGGAGAAAUUUUCAUAACAGUAUGGUUACAAUGAUUCGACGGAACAGUUUAAAUUUUGUCUCCAGUAAGUGGUGGAACGCUGGGUCGAGCAGUUCCGGGCGAAGUCCUUCGUUUGGAAGUUCAGUGGCGGUUCAGAAGUUACGCGAAUCUAAAUGGUUUGACUCAGCCGAAGAGCGCAUAUUCUGUGCAGUAAUCGAGGUUGGAUUUGUCGUUGAACUGCGCCAUCCAGAAACCGGUGAGAGCUGGUUCGGCGUAACGGCCAUCGAAACGAAGAAAUCGAUGAAACCCACAGCCGAAAACAUCAAGAUCUUCUCCGUCAAACUGUCCGACAGCAAUAGGCGAUUGAAGAUUUACAACACCUCGCUCGAUCAGCUGUGGAAGCAGGGCUACCGAAUCCGGAUCAACAAUCUGUAUGACAAAUCCAAAAAAGCACACAGCGAGAAAGAUAUUUUGGCGCAGGUUAAAUAUGCCACCAAAACGAAAAUGCCCUUUCACAAUAGUCAACAUUUCGCUGAGUUUUGUCGUUAUGGCGAUCGGCCUCAGGACAACAGGAAGCGACAAGUAAGUGUACUGUUGAAACGGUUCGAAGAUGCACUGAACGGAGCGCAGCCCUACUUUUGAACAAAGAUUUCCGAUUGUGCUAAAUGGGGCGGGACGAAUAUGGGCGCCACGAUAAUUUAUUUUGCAAUGCAAACGCGAAAUACUAAGUCGGACUCAAAAUGAUCAGGCAACUUCAUAUUUUCUGCACCAUAUCGCACCGCUGUAAAUGUAGUUUGCUAGUCCUGACCAAGGCAAAGCCUUGUUCGAAACAUAUAUAACUGUAUUAUUAAGAUUAGACAAAUAAGACAUAUGCUUAGGGGCACAUUGAAAGUCAUAAAUAUACGUUCGUGAAACAUGGAUCAUAAGCAUUAAUUAAGAAACAUGAACUGAUACUGAAUCAUUUUGUAAAUAUGAUUGCAAAAUUUCAAAUAGACGUAAGAAAGGAAUAGUGAUAAUUCUUUUUUAUAGCUAUAUCACAUGUGAUGUGAAUUUGUUCUGAAAAUUAAAUACGGAAAACAUUUCCUUUGUUUAGUGUCUAAACUGUUCUUUCAACAUUCAAGCUUUGGUUACUCAAACAGAUUUAAUGUGAAUUGCCGGAUGCAAUGUAUGCCACGAUGUUACCAUAUUUACUAUUUACCAAUAUAUGAAUAUUUAUAUUUUACCGAAUACAUAACUUUCGUAAAAAAAACAUUUUUGAAUGAACGUGAAAAUAUCACAAUGAAAUUCUCCUUGUUUACCUCACAAAUAUUUGAUGUACAGUGGAACCCCGAUUAUCCGCGCAAUAGUUGGGCUAGCUCACCGCGGAUCACGAAAAUCGCGGAUAACACAACAAAUGACUAAAAAUGAGGUGCAAACACAAAAUAAAAAGAUAUUUCAAUAUGAAAAAAAAUUUUUUAUUAAUACAGGAAUCAUUGAACUAUCCAUCAGUAAGGUCGUGUACACCUCUAGUCAAAUAAUGAAAACAGAAGAACAAAAACCUACCACUCAAAUUUAGGAUAGGUUCAUAGAGUUACUAUGGAACUCGCUUUCGCGGAUAAACCGCACCGCGGAUCAUCCGCUCGCGGAUAUUAGGGGUUCUACUGUAUUUCUUUUGAGUGUGCAUUGAAUAAACUUUCACCACAUAUUUUGUAGGUAUAUGCGUGUAGAAUGAUUUUUUCCAUUGUUUUUUGCACCUUCUUCAAAUUCCUCCCAAUAUCUGUCUAUUAGGCGGUGUUCUAGGGUGUUGGAACAUUUAUCACCAUUCCAUUGUCUUCUUUCCUCAAUGGUAGGCUGUCAAAUCCAGCCAAAACAAAACGGGUUUGUUGUGUUUUGUUGAAGAAAGGUAGCGGAUAUUUCCCCAGGCAUUCCUUGAUCAAUAAGUCCUGGUUGAUGUUCCCGGGGUAAUAAAAAUAUCCCUUUUCCAACCGCAGGUGCAGAUGGCCUGAAGUACCAGGUAUUUUUUGGGGAAGUUGGAUAGUUUCAUGGUCUUGAAAUUGACUACAUCCUUUCCAUCGCUGUGUAAAACUGCUGUUCGGAAGUAAAGAGUGGCUACUCAGAUUCUAUUUUUUGAAUUCUCUUAUUUUUCCCGACCGUUUUCCCGCAUGAUUUUGCGAAGUUCCCGACUAUCAAAAAUGAAAAUUUCAUAAUACAGUGUCGCUAAUGAAAAGAUGAUUUUUAAAACCCAAAUUGCGAAAAUAUUUAUUGUUAUUGUUUCCAAGUUCCGCAUGUGGCAAAAAAUUGGACGGUGUGUUUUUCAGUGACAGAUUUUGGGCAGAAUGUAGGAGAUACGAACGGGAUUGUUACAGUCAAACGCAAAAUUGAAUGUACAAAUGCCACUUGACGAUACUUUCCAUUUAUUUGGUAUAAAAUAUUUUGAAUACAGACAAAUCUUUUUUUGUGCGGGGGAUAGAGACCGCAGUUAUAGGUGGGUUAUAUCGAUGAUAUAACCGCAAGGUUGACGUAGGACUACUAUUGUCUUAGUAAGCAUUUGUAUUGUAUUGAUUAAAUUAUCGAUUGAAUGAAACAAUUUUUAAAUUCAAUUAAAUUCAACAUAUUUGUUUUGUAAGUAAAAUGUUUAAACAGUUGCCAUGUAAGAUCAAUUCAUGCAUUGUAAUAGAUUAUGUUCUUCGUCACAAGUAAACUUGAUGACCGUCCUUUUACGUUUGAUAUUCGCCUAGGACCACCAAAAUAUGGGAACAGAAGAAUUGUCAAACGAUCAUUGUAUUUUACAUUCCCCUCUGAAAGUAUUGCAUCUCUCAUGCUUACGUAGUUAUCGAACCGCGAAAGUUCAUUCACCUCUAUAUAGACGAUUUUCCCAGGUCUCUCAGUUUAGAAAUACGUUUUAGGGGAACAUAUUCCGGUCUGCACAAAGACAAGCGGAUACAAACCUACAGUUUGCAUAUAUUUAUUUGCAAAGCGGAUUCUUUCAAGCACAUUGAUUUUGAAGUCCGUGUUAGGGAAACACAGCUCAGAGGGAAUAAAAACACCCCCUACUUGCAUGUAUAUUUGCAAAGCCGAUUCCCACAGGUACAUUGAUUUUGAAGUUCGUGUUGGGGAAACCAUAAAUCGGGCCAAUCAAAACUUAGCAGUUAGGGCGUUUAGAUAACGCUUGACAUUUUACAGUUAUUCAAUUGUUUAUCUCAUUAAAAAUAACAUUUUAUUAAGUGUGAUAGACGCGUAGAAAUAUUUUCAUAUCAAUUGAUGCAAACAUAUUUCCGAUCUAUUAAGACAUGUUCGAGUUAUAAGCAUUCGAAAUCUUUCAUUUUUCGUGUUUCGGUUUUCAUUUCGCCCCCAUAUACUCCGGUUAGACGUAGUCCCACGUCAAAAUGUACACGAUAAAUUCGGCUCUGUUACAGCUGAAUUGCUAAAUGAGCCUAAUAAAAAAAUAAAAACAAAUUGGAAAAAAAAUAUCGAUCAGCCACCGAACGAUCGAUAAACAUGAACAUUUUCACGCCACAUCAACGAUCACGUCAUCCGGAACGUUCCCGAUAACAUCAACACAUCACACCACCCAGAUCGUUCCCAGGAAAUAUGCUGGAUUAGGAUUAGAUAAAAUAUUGUAAACCAUUUCAUUCAAUAUAAAAGAUAGGGAUAAUCAUUGUGAAGUCAGUUCUAUUUCAACAAGUGAAUAAAGUGGGAGCCUAACUCCAAAAGUAAA